AUGAGCAAGCCGCGCUGGGACGGAGCACGCCAUGCCCACUUCCCCGACCACGGGCUCGCGAUGGACGCCACGGCGACCGCGCCCUCGUCGUCGAACCCUAGCUUCUCCGCGAGCGGGACGGCGGCGGCUCGGCGAGGGAGAAGGCGACCCUCCGCGCCGCCGCAUCCUCACCUAGUCGACCCUCCGCGCGUCGUGAUCUCCAGCCCCGCGGUUCUCCCGGAUGAGGCCUCGGCCGCCGCCGCCAAUGGCUAUGGGCCUCUGGGCGAGGUCCAUGGCGACCUUCACCCGCACGUGCUGUCAGAGAAGGGGAACGCCAAGUCCAUCGCAUUCGAGGAGAUCACCUGGUUCCGGAGGAGAAGUCUGGAGGAAUCACCAUCUCAACGGCGCAUGUGGAGUACGAGACUGCUAAAAGACAUUAUGCUCAUGUGGACUGCCCAGCCACUGAUUAUGUCAAGAACAUGAUCGCCGGAGCUACUCAAAUGGACGGUGGUAUUCUCGUUGUGUCAGCUUCUAAUGGCCCCAUGCCCCAAACAAAGGAGCAUAUUCUUCUAGCUAGACAGGUACAAUGCUUAAGACUGGGAUCAACUGAAGGUGAUGCUGAGAUAAAUUGUGAUGGUGUCUGAAUAGGAAACAUAGUGAUGAUGUUCACAGAGUGUUCUUAGUGAGGCAUAGUGAGAUAUGUGUUGAAAAUGCACUAGAUACUAUGUUGCCACUAUGUGUUUAUUCUUGUAUGACAUUAUAUAUGUUCAUAUUGUAUGCUUCUUGUAUGCUGCCAUUAUUUUUAUAUGUUUAUAGUUUGAUUCCUUUUGGGACUGCUCAAA